AUGAAACCUUCAACACGUAUCAAUGGUUCGAAGAUUGGAAGACAUGGACCCUCAACCGACCCAACUUUUGCUUACUCUUUACAUCUUGCCUGGGUGAUUUGGCUGAGAAUGGAAGACUCAUUUUCUUCUGUGGUGACAGCCACAAACAAUAAUCUCACAAGAUUGUCGAGGACAGUUGCGACGACUGCUUCUGCCUUGUCGUCCACCUACGGAGAACUCUCUGCGCCUUCGUACCAGCAGGCGAUGCAGGAUUUGUCGGGCCCACUAUUUCGAAAGCGUUUGUUUAGUUUCCAGGCACGUACCUCGCCUUCGGAAAUUGUGAAGUCGUCUUUAACUACCGAUGCUACUCGGUUUAGAUUGACCACCUCGCUUCCUGACAAUUUGCUAGUAUCACUUCCUGCUCCCCAAACCGCCUACUCGCUUUAUCAGGGAUUCGUUGCAACCCAGUCGGCAGACUCCGGUGAUCCUAAUCAGGACUUGGAGUCUUGCGCCAUUCGCAAAGAGCUUGCUACCUACGAGAUCCAAGAACUUGAUGCGCGUAUUGCGGAGCUGAACAAAUUGCGUAGAGUCGUGUUCGACAAGGUUGCAGACCUGGAAAAGGAAGAGCGCCGCAUUGAAAGAAGACUCGGUGACUCCAAAAUGAUAGAAAAUGGCUCUCCUGAUCCCGAGGACCUGAAAGACUUGCCUCGGCAAAUACCCAAAACGCGGAGAAAGUCUAUGCCCAAACGCGCUGUCCCCACACUACAAAAAUUCUACGCUGCUGGAGACACGAUCACUAAAUUCGACACCGGAAGUGAUUCCGUGGUAAUGUUGGAUUUUGAUACACCUUUUGGUACCCUCGUUGCUGCUACUGGGCCCCGGCUGCAGGUUUGGGAUUUGGGUAGCUCCGACCGGCUUUUAACUCUCGAAGGACAUGAUGCAGCUGUACAGUGCUUGCAAGUGGAAGGACCUCUGGUGGUUUCAGGCGCUAAUGAUGCUAUGGUGAAACUUUGGGAUAUAUCUGAAGGAGCGGAGCUUCAAACGUUACACGGUCAUUUAGAUGCUGUCACUACUCUACAUUUCGAUGACAACACUUUGGUUACAGGAUCCAAUGAUAAGACUAUACGACAGUGGGACAUUGACUCUGGCCGCUGUAUACAGACGCUGGACGUUCUGUGGACCCGUCCAAGCGAGGGUUGGGCGUCGGCUGGAACCGUGGGUGCGCUACAAAACUUUGACGCCGCUUUAGCAACCGGUACGGCUGAUGGUAUUGUACGACUGUGGGAUUUGCGCUCAGGACGAGUCCAGCGGACGCUGGCUGGACAUAUGGGUCCUGUAACGUGCUUGCAGUUCGACGGUGUGAACCUUGUCUCGGGUUCUCUUGACAACUCCGUACGUGUUUGGGAUUUGAGAGCUGGUUCUGUCAUCGAUGUACUCAAUUACUCCUCUGGUAUUACUUCAUUGCACUUUGAUGCCACAAGGAUCGUUUGUGCAACCGGCCAGCCCAUCAUCCAAGUCUACGAUCGCCACACGAAAGCCCAGUGGACCUGUGGUCCUGGCGACACUGAAGCCGAUGCAGCACCUGUUGUUGCUGUUCGACAGCAAAAGGGAUAUCUUGUCGGUGGCCAAACAUCUGGUGAUGUUGGUGUUUGGGCUUGUUAA